AUGAUGGAAAUUGCUGUAAACCAAAAUGGGAACAUGGGAAACACUUCACUUUGUUUUGAACAUCAUCCUAACUCUUGUCAGCAGAAUGUCUAUCCACUGGCUGUGAGAAUUGUGUCUUAUUUUGCCAUUGGUGUUAUUGUACUUCUUACAUUAUUUGGAAAUCUUGUGGUGAUCAUAGCCAUCACUCAUUUCAAGCAGCUGCACACACCAACUAACUACCUAACUCUGUCUCUGGCUGUAGCUGACCUGCUUGUAGGAGGGGCUGUCAUGCCUGCCAGCAUGAUACGUUCUGUGGAGACUUGCUGGUAUUUGGGGAGUUUAUUCUGUAAAAUAUACAUCAGCCUUAACAUUAUGUUAUGUAAUGCCUCCCUGUUAAACCUUGUAUUUAUCUCUGUUGAGCGAUAUUAUGCAGUAUGUCACCCCCUGCUGUACCACAGUAAAAUGACUCCUGUUACUGCUCUGUUCAUGAUCACUGUUUGUUGGAGUGUUGCUGCUGUUGCUGGAGGAUUUAUAUUUUCAGAGCUAAAUGUUCAAGACAUAGAGGCUAACAGUGAUGUGUUUUGUGAGGGGGCCUGUGUGUUGGUGAUAGGGCCCAUGAUAGGUUUAGCGCUUUCAUUGGUUUCUUUUUACCUUCCUAUUGUUAUCAUGCUCAUCAUAUAUAUGAAAAUAUAUCUUGUUGCACAGAGGCAAUCACGAUUAGUCCACAAUGCUCUCUCUCAAGUAAAUAAAUCCAGAGGUCAGCCUACUAUUAAUAAGACAGAGAGAAAAGCAACUAAGACUUUAGCCAUUGUCAUGGGAGCGUUUAUGUCAUUUUGGACACCAUUUUCCAUCUACACACUCGUUAUAACAUUUUAUAAUUACAGUGGUCCACCACAACUUUUUGAUGUUCUUAGUUGGAUUGCUUAUUCAAAUUCAGCGUGUAAUCCUAUUAUAUAUGCAUUCUUCUACAUGUGGUUUAGAAAGGCACUCAAAAUUAUUUUAUUUGGCAAAAUUGUUGGGAACAGUUCCUCAAAAAUGCAGCUCUGCUCAGAAUAG